CGACAAAGACGAAUAACAUACAGUUCAAUGCUACAUUUUACAUUUCUAGUCUAUACUUUUGGAAUAAUAACAAUAACUUAAUAAUUCAACAGUUAACUUGGUGACCUGCUAAUCAUUUCCAACUGAAAGUCAUCAUUUCGUUUCCUUCGUUUUGAAAUAAAAUGGAUAAUAUUGCAUAUGUGUUUUAAAACAUUCUUUAAAACAUACACAAACUUGUGUGUUUUCAUGGACAACACUCACUGCCCAUGUGAUGUUACCGUCGUGAGCUAAAUCGCCUCAUUUUGAGGAGAAAAUCUGUCAAUGAUUACGUGUCAAAGGUUAUUUUGUCAACCAUUAUGGUGGAUCUCCUGACCGUCCCUGACUCAGUGUUUAUCAUGUCACGAUGAUGUGCUCUGAAUCUUGGUUUGACAGCACCGUUUAUUGCUGCUUUGACCUAAAAAUGAUACGGUACGGUGAAAGAAAACUUUGCUAGCCACUUGAAACUCCUGAAAAGUAUUGAGAAGAGAUACGUUUCCAGUUUCUCUGCACAUGUACCAGAACACAGCUGAGGAGACUGGAGCUCCUCAGUUUACUCUCAUAUGUCAACACAUUUCUAUAACUUGUAAUUACAUCUUGCAGUUGUACAGGGGCUCUCUGUGUUUGCAUUUUGGAAAUUAUAUAGCAGCCUUAGUUUGAGUCACCAUUAAGAUUCGGCAUAAAGACAUUCAUCUUAUGGACCAGAAUACAUUAAAUCACAGGUCUCAUUCUUGAAUAAGCAGUAUAUAUUAUUUUUCAAUUGUUCAUUGAUUUGCAUGAAAAGUGUCUGAAGUGGAACCAAGUUAUGAAAGAAUGCAGGUUCUCGACAUUCAGUUGAGUAAAUAUGAAUAGGUGUGUGUGUUUUUUGCCUCAUCUAUAGUGUAACAGAAACUGUCAUUGUGGAAUUUUAAUAUAUGGUGGAUUAAAACCAUGAAAAAUUCUAAAAAUGUAAGACUGGGAAGAGACAGGGAGGCAGAUGAAGGAGAUUAUUUUGUGACUCUGGCUUGCAAAAGGCUUAUUAUUGCUCAGGAAGUACAAAAUGCUAAAUAAAUCCAAACAAAAGCUUUGGGAAUCGUGAAAGAGAUUUCACAUGGUCGAUGUUUUAGACACUGCAGUUUUAAAAUAGAACAACUCCAGUGGCUGUGGUCUAAGUGUGUGCUUGUGUGCCAAAGAAAAAAAAAAGUGGAGAAAGCAAGCGUGUGGUUAGCGUGAGGAUUCUAAUCCUUUCAUGGGAAGUGACUCAGGGAUAUUUCGAAAGUGUUGCAACACAGUGAUCGCAGGUACAGGUAUAUUAGUUGCAUUUAUUUCUUCACAGUCAUAUUAAAAUGACUGAUUUGAUGUUGAGAUUUAAACUUGGCAUCAUGUCUCACAAUAGCAAAAAGUCCUUAGUUUUUUUUUGCUUUGCUUCAUCUAGAAGUUAUAUGUUUAUAACAUGUAAUAAAAUGUCACAAAAAAGCCUCAAUUCUUUUUCUGCUGCUUAUUUCUGGCAAUGCUGGGUUUAUGGUGUGUUGGAGUCUAUCUCAACCUUCUCAUGACUCCUCAAAAUGCUGUCCCAAAUUGUCCCUUUUUCUUUUCGCUCGUCCAUCAUUUAGUUAUGUGUAAAUGAAUAGCAAUGUUGUGCGAGUUGAUUCUGGAUUACCAACCAGCCGUAACCACAACAACAGCCUCAUUCACCGACAAAAACAUCAGCAUCUGUCCUUUGUUAGAGCUGAUUGUCUCCUCACCACAGUGCCAUAUUUGUCCACUCAGGAAGCCGGAUUGGCCAACGGCACGCCGGUGGAGACGUCCAGUCCGUCCUCCGUGUCCUCGCUGUUCAACAGGCUGCAGCUGGACGACGACUUGGAGGCCGACAUUCCCAGGGACCCUUAUGACUCCACAGAGACGCGUGACCUGUUUGUCACGGUGGAUGACCCGAAGAAGCACGUGUCCACCAUGGAGACCUACAUCACCUACAGAGUUUCGACAAAGACGACUCGGGUCGAGUUUGACCUCCCGGAGUAUUGUGUGCGACGGCGCUACCAGGACUUUGACUGGCUUAGGAUCAAGUUGGAAGACAGUCAGCCGACCCAUCUGGUUCCGCCGCUGCCAGAGAAGUUUGUCAUGAAAGGAGUCGUGGACCGUUUCUCAGAAGAUUUUGUUGAAACACGGAUGAAGGCUCUGGAUAAGUUCCUGAAGAGAGUUGCAGACCACCCUGUCCUGUCCUUCAACCCUCAUCUUCAUGCUUUCCUGUCAGCCAAGGACCUGAACAAGCGUCAGGGUCUGGCUCUGCUGACCAAAGUGGGCGAGUCGGUCAAACAUGUGGCGGGCGGCUACAGGCUGAGAGCGCGACCGCCCGAGUUCUGCGCCAUGGGAGAUUACCUUGACACUUUCAGCCAGAAACUGGGAACCAUCGACCGCAUUGCUCAGAGGAUCCUCAGAGAGCAAUCAGAAUACCUCGUGGAGCUGCGGGAAUAUGGAAGUGUGUACUCCAACUGGGCACGCUCCGAGGAGGUGUUGCAGCGCCCCCUGGAGGGUGUGGCUAGCUGCAUGACGACCUGCAGCGGAGCGCUGGACGACCUCAGCGAGAGCAUGAGUCAGGACUUUCUACCUGUGCUCAGAGAGUACAGUCUCUAUGUGGAGUCUAUGAAGAACGUGCUAAGGAAGCGAGAUCAGAGCCAGGCGGAGUAUGAAGGACGACUAGAAGCGGCUGUGCUCCGUAAACAGGAAGACAAAACGCCUAUACCGGUGGAGGUGGAGAAGUGCCAGGACAAGGUGGAGUGCUUCAACGCAGACCUGAAGGCCGACUGGGAUCGUUGGCAGAGCAACAAGAGACUGGACUUUAAGCAGCUUCUCAGCGGCAUGGCUGACAAAAAUGUCAGCUACUAUGAAAAGUGCCAGGCCGCGUGGGAAUCGCUCAUUACUGUGCUGCAGGACAAACCGACGGAGGACAAAACUAGUGAGACGAACUGAAAGCUCGUGUCCUGGACUCGCAGCUAUUUUUUUUUUUUAAACACAGAUGUACACUCAGACACACACACAUACAGAACCUUGUUUCAUUGACCAGGCAGCAGGUUGACCUGCAGGACUUUUGAGAGCCGACCAAGCAGAAGAGCUAAAAAAACAUGGUGCAUUCAAGGACAUGGUGGAAAACCUUGUUCUGUUUUUUUUUUUGUGAAGUCACUUUUUCUACUUUUGCUGCCACUUUUUUUUUUCUUUUUUUCAUCCUCCACUUUAAGAGACGCAUCUGCGUUUUCUCUGUAGUGGAGUCAAGCUCAUCGACGGUCCUCUGUAUUUCAUGCUUUGUUGGAACAAAAACCCUCAGACUGCAGCAAAUGCUUUUGUCACCGUGUGUGUCAGCUUCGAGUUCAAAUUUAAGCCGACUGCAGAAGAGGAAAAAUUACUGUAAAGAAUAUAUUUUUCGAAGUCAGUACUUGAAAAUAGGUGAGAGACACAUGAACUGCGCUUGACAAUUAAACCACUUGAGUUGGAAUUUGAAAUCUUUUUCUUUCUCUUUCAAUUUUUGCCUGUUUUGGUUGAGACGGCCUUAAAGCGCCCUCUAUUGGCCAUCUGACUUAACUACACCGCUAGGACACAUUUUAACUUUCGACCCGUUAUAAUGUGGAAAAAAACAGCUUCCUCGCUGCAAUCUUUCCCACUUCAUCACCUCCUUUGCACCUUCACAUAGUUCCUAAAUUGAGAAAUCCAAUGUUGGAGAGGUCAGGUCAGCGCCACAGAAUGCUACUGGAGAACAUCUGCUUAUCCAAACACACACGCCAUAACUAUGUUUACAUGCUUCUUAUGUUUCAUUUUGAAGGCAUUAAUCGUCAGAGCAGCUUUUUUCCUAUUUGUUUAUUAUGUUUGCUGUGUGUGUAUAUGUUUUAAAGUUUACAUAAGGUGGAAUAUAAGACUGUUUCAGAAGAAAGCAGUUUAAAUUUGAGCACCAUGUAUAACAUUUCAAAGGUGACUGACUCUGUGAAAUUUAGCAGCUAAUAAAUAAAAGUCGUUUGUUCUGUAACACAACUCCUGUAAACACCAAGAAUGGUUCGGAACUAUUCAGUGUAGGAGUCGAUUGCUCACCUCUUUGUUCGAUAUCAGCAGAUCAUGUUCGUCCAAUUAAAACCAACUGUGACCUCUCUUAAAGAAUAGUUCAAUAACUGUAUUGGUCGGUGAUGCAGUUUCCCACCUUCAAAUAGCUACGUUCAUUUAUCACUGUUUUGUUUUCACCCACUGAAUUUUCUCUGUCAUGUACGAAGGAACCAAAAAGGGAUAUGUUACUGCCAAAAACACUUGAAUUUGUGGGGCCCAAAGUGAAGAGCUGUUUUCUCAAUUCACAGGACGACUGAAAUAGAUCCAUUCACUUGCUGAUAUUUGUUAGUCUAUUGCGCCUAACUGACUGUCAUGAGCACAUACGGUACAGUGGGGUAAAAGUAGCAUGCUUUUCAGUCAUUUAUUAUUUUGGUGAAUAAUAGUCCACUUUUGACCAAAUGUACAGCCGAGUCUAUUUUUGUACAGUAUAUAUACAUAUACAGAGGAGCCCCGAAAGACAAAAAUUGACCCAGCAUCAACAAUUUUUCUGUGAGAUGGCGGCGUGUUGAAGCCCCGUGUUAAACUGUGCCUGCUGAUUUAUCGUUGCACUAACUGUAGCUUCGCCCCUUUGCUGGAUUCCUGCUGAAACUAAUCUCUAACUAAAUUAAAUGUUUGCUGUUAAGUGGCCAAAAAGAGCAAUAAAUUAUCUAUAUAAGACGUCUGCAAAAAAAAAAAAAAAAGUUGUUUCUGCCAGCGCUUUUGUAGGCUUUAUUAUCAAGUUAUUUGAAAGGUCUCUCUCCCUCCCGUCUACAGUCAAAUUUAAUUUGAAGCACAGAAAGUUCUUUUCAGAUUCUUGUUUCUGUUCCUCCUCAGUGUGAAAUGUUUACGUUGUCGAUUUGGAAAUGUCAUGUAAUUAUAUUCAGAGGACAAACUUGUGUAUAUAAAUAUUUGGAAGCAGUUAUCUCAAUUUACCUCAAAUGUUUUUGUGAUAUAAUGGACCAAUAAUAAACAUAAUUCAUGUAUUUGACA